CCGUGUGUCAGGUGCGCUGCUCGAUAUCACGUGUCUGGCCACUGCGCGCAUAUUGAUAUUGUCUAUAUACAUCUCCUCACGAUAUAUAGCUCACACAAGAAGCUGUUGCGAGAGACAGGUAAAGCGUCAAGCUGCGAAGCGGUGCACGACGCACGACGAUCUCCCAACGUCGAGGUGACUGAGGAGAGCAAGUUAGGUUAUUCGGCGAUCAUCCUGAUACCAGCUAUCAAAAUGUGACGACUUGCGCGUGGCCGAGACAGUUCUCUUCACUUCUAUCUUUAGUCGAGCGUGCACAAAUAAGUACCGGAGAAUUCCAAAAAGCCGAAAAACAUGGCGGUCGCGGCGAGCUCCUUCGACGCCUGGCUCAGCGAGAAGCUCCAGGCUCUCAACACGGAUGAGAGCGUCUUCGGUACGUACAUCAAGGGUAUCCUCGAGGGCGACGAGUCUGAGGAUGAGAAAACCGAAGCGCUCGAGAGCAUACUCGCGGGUAUAACGGAGGACAACAUCAGCAAGCAUGUAGCAGAGAUUUUAAGUGCUUGGGCGGAAUGGUUGCCAUCAGAGGAUGUAGCCGCCGCAACUGUACCGACGGAGGACGUCGAUGUUCGAUUGGCACGAAUGCUGGAGUCGCAAAGUCUACCUACGACCACACAGAGAAGUUACACAGAAGAAGAGAGACGAAUUCGAGAGGCUAUUUUAGCGCAGUAUAGUCAAAUGUCCGACGAGGAGAAUAGCGAAGGGGACGGAGAGGAGGACGGCGGAGGUGGAGACUGCGGGAUCGAAAAGAAUUUGAAUGCAGCUACUAUCAUACAACAAGAGCGAGAGAAGAGAGAAAAGGCCAAGCUCGAGAGCCAGAAGAAGAAAGAGAAGGACAAGGAGGACAGAGAGAAACAAAAGCAACUGAAAGAAGAGAAGAAGGAGAAGAGAAAAACCCAGAAGGGAGAGAGGCGAAGGUAGCAUCGAAACGGGAGCGAUGCGGGAUUUACCUCAACAUUGAACAUCAUCGAGUACAUAAUGCUCUGGCAUUCAUCAUAUAUAUCUAUCAUCGUAUACAUUUAUCGUCGUGCAUGCAACGAUCUCCGACAACUAUUUAAACCGGUCAUCAAUUUUACAUCUUUCACUAGACGGAUAUGUGUGUAGUGCUCGUGUCGUUAGAGGAUGGAAUCAUAGGCUCAAUAUGAAUGCAUACUUCACAGAA